AUGGGCGAGGAAGAAAACCCCUCCUCCUCAUCACCAUCACCAGAAAAAGAGCAAUUAAAGCAAGCAAUUCUGCAAAUUUCAUCUCAAAUCUCCGUUUCUCAUUCAAUCAAAGUCUUCACCGCGAAAUGGCAAUCGGCGAGGAACAAGCUCGAGGAGCUGUUCUCGCACCUCGCAGCCAUCGAAAACUGCGAAUUGGGCGGUAGAAACCCCUCGCUGUCGGCGGCGGUGGCGGAGAUUUUAGCCACGUUGGCAAACUGCGGCGAUCUGGCGCGGCGGUGCUCGGAGUUUACAUACACCGGGAAGCUCCUCAUGCAGAGCGAUCUCGACAUUCUCUCCGCGAAUCUCGACUCCCACAUCGCCAGCCUCCGCGGCAUUGGGCUUGUUGAGCAGAGCCACGCGCUAGUCGUUUCGAGGCUGAGUUUGGCCUCGGCCUCGAAAGACGAUGUGCGUUUCUACCUCAACGACGUCUUUUCGAGGCUCAAAAUCGGAAAGAAGAGAGAAGCCUUAAUUGCCUUCAACGAGGUGGCUCGUGAAUAUGAGAGACACAUUAAAGUUGGAGUCGAGAUUGACGGCUUCGUCAAUCUCAUCGUCCAUUCUCUCGAUUCUCACGAGACGGAAGUGCAGGAGGCAGCCGCAGAGGCCGUCUCCUCCAUCGCCGGAAUUCCUCUCGGGAAAGCCGCGCUGGUAUCCGCCGCCGCGAUUGCGCCGCUGAUCAGAGCGGUAGAGAGCGGCAGCGAGCUUUGCAAUGAGUUCGCCGCGAGGUGUUUGCUAAAAAUGACGGAGAAUUCCGACAACGUUUGGGCGGUUUUGGCCCACGGCGGCGUGCCUGCCCUGUUAAAAAUCUGCACCUGCGCCGGCGACAGUGGGACCCAGCUGGUUUCCUUGGCUUGCGGGGUUUUGAAAAACCUCGCCGCAGUGGAGGAGAUCAAGAGAUUCAUGGUGGAAGACGGCGCCAUCGCUGGCCUCAUCACCCUCGCUGGAAGCAGGGGCGGCGAGGACGCGCAGAUCAGCGCUCUAGAUCUUCUGCACAUAAUUGUGCGUGGAGACAUAUUGAAUAGAGAAGCAAUCAUUGCACACGGCGGGCUUCAGACGCUGGUGGGAAUCAUGGACCCAGAAAGGCCGGGGUCCACGAAAACCAGAGAGGUGGCGUUCCGAUGCAUCACGACGAUAUGCUUGUCGUCGGUGACGUCAUGUCUAGCCUCGGGUUUCGCGGAUCACAUACUACAUUUCCUCCGAUUUGGAGAGGCUCCUGUCCAGGAACUGGCCCUGAAGGCCAGUUUCUGGCUCAGUGGAGCAUCGGAUUAUGCAAAAAAGGUGAUGGGCGAGGUAGGGUUCAUGGAUGUGCUCGUCGAAUUACUCGAAUCUAAGUCGUUCGACAUAAGGGAGAUUGCGGGGGAGACACUCUCGGACAUGCUCGUGCUGCAUAAGAAUAGGAGGAGGUUCGUGCAAAAUGAUGAAAACGUCGUCGUUUUGAUGCGAUUGCUUGAUCCCGAGCAGGGGAAUAACAAGGUUUUGCUUUCGAUUUUGGCGUCGUUGUCGAGGAGUAAUAGUGCAAGGAAGAAGAUGCUGAGCUCGGGAUACCUUAAAAACAUCGAGAAGCUAGAAGAGGAGGGUGCCAAGGAGAUUGUCAGGAAAUUGUCUUCCAGUAGAUUUCGGAAUGUUUUUAAUGUUCUCUGGCAUUCUUGA